GUUUCGUUUUGAGCUCUUCUGAUUUCACACGACAGCUUUUCCACGAUCGGUUUCCUCGCCCAUUCUACCUCGCUGUUAUCUUUUCUGACCUGUCUCUUAGACCCCGCCGGGAUCAGUAACCUCUAGAUCAUCUCAUAGUGUUGUGGCUGGUCUUUGGGCCAGCUCAGAUUAGUUGUAGGGAUGGAUCCAGCGAGUCGAUACCAAGUGCUGCACAAUGAGGACGACUCCUCGGAGGCCCAGCCCAGCACCUCUGCCCCCCCUCAGCCCGGGCCGUCCUCUUCCUCCCCCUCCUCCUCCCACCAGAACAACCACCACCAGCAGCAUGUGAAUGCGGGCUUCGAGGGCGCCACGGGGGAGGAGUCAGGGGCCAGUGCACAGGCAGAUGCCCCCCCACCUCCCUACGCCACCAUCGACCUGGGGGCAACCGCCUCAACACCAGGGUCGAGUUUCCAUGGAGACUUCCCAGUGCCCCCGCCCUACAGCGUGGCCACGUCACUGCCCACCUACGACGAGGCGGAGAAGGCCAAAGCCGCUGCCAUGGCAACCUCCUCUGUGGACGUCCUGCCCAGGGAUGAUGAAUUCCCUCCCAGAGAUGACUUCAGUGACGCCGACCAGCUCAGAGUGGGGAAUGAUGGGAUCUUCAUGCUGGCCUUCUUCAUGGCCUUCUUGUUCAACUGGAUCGGAUUCUGCCUGUCGUUCUGCCUGACCAACACCAUCGCGGGGCGCUAUGGAGCCAUCUGCGGGUUCGGCCUGUCCCUCAUCAAGUGGAUUCUUAUUGUCAGGUUCUCAGAUUACUUCUAUGGGUACUUCAACGGGCAGUACUGGCUUUGGUGGAUAUUCCUGUUGCUGGGUCUGCUGCUGUUCUUCAGAGGCUUCGUCAACUAUCUGAAAGUCCGCAACAUGAGCGAGAACCUGGCCACGUCCCACAGAACACGCCUCUUCUUCCUCUAUUAAAACAGUUUCUGUCCAUUCUUCCAUUUCCCUCAUAUAACCUGCGAGGAGCAGACAAGAAGAAAACAACAUUUAAAAACCACGGCACGACUUAACUUUGACUUGAGCCAAUCUCCGGAUGUGUUUUCAACUUUCCCAAUCGAUCUUACAUUACAUUUAUUAAUAUGUAUAUGAUGCUGUGUGAGUGUCUUAGUUUCGAAUGAUCAAAACCCUUAACGUCUCACGCUUGGGCCAUAGCGAUUACGAUUCAUUUCUACAGUAGUCCGCAGUUGCUUUGCGAAUUUAAAUAUAUGCAGUUAACAUAUGACACACAGCGAAUGAUGGUGUUUUUUUAACCGUGUUUGGUUUAGACAGGGCUAUAAACAGAAGUGACAAUAUCGCUACAGAUCAAAAAUAACUCGAGUUUGACCUAUGCAUCAGUGGAAUUUUUAGGUUUAGUUCAACAACGCCAAAUAUGUGCAUACCAGUAUUUAGACAGCAACAGUUUAUCUAGUUCUUUAUUUUAAAAAACAUUGAAAUGGGGUUUUGGUGCUGUGAAAUUACAACGCAUUUAUGCAAUAUUGGUAAACUUGAUUUUUAGGCCUGGCACGAUGACGUAUUUUGAAGCUUGACAUAUCGCAAAAUGAAUAUAGUCAAUAAACGAAAGCAGAUUUACACCACAAAAACUAUUCUAAAGCUAGAAUAUUGUUAAAAAUCAUGAUUUGCAUUAAAUAAACAGCAAAAUAAAACACUUUAGUACUUGGUUUGCAUCUGUAAUGAGUCAUAAAAUUUAUUAAUUCAACCUCCUGUCUUUCCCAGUACUGAAAAGAAAAUGUACACACUGAUAAAUACUGACCCCAAAAACAUAGCGUUCCUUAUAUGAAAGUUGGAACAAUAAGUUGUAUAGUAGUUGUUGUGACAGGCCUAGUCUUAAAAUAGCUGCAGUUAAUUAGUUAAGUGAUGAAAACAUGAGGUAAUACAGUUUAAACUUUUGCCAAACGGGAAAAUGCAGGCUACAGAUUCAACAAGUCGUCUGGUUGUGCAUGUUUUGCAUGAUUCGAACAGGUUAAGGUGACGGGUUUAGCCAAUAUUAGGGGGAAUUCUAGGUAAUCAUUUUUAAAGUAGUGUCCUGUGUGAAUGGUGUGCCAAUGGACAGUUCACCCGACCGGACACCCUUCUGUAAGUACCAGCUCAUGCCAAUUCACAAUAAUUGCACUUUGAAUAUAAUGUACAGAAUGAUUUGUGAAGUCGAUGUGGUUGGUAGAAAAAAAUAUAACCAUCCAACUGGAAUUCUUAUCGUCCCUUUUGCACUUUUUGUUAAAAUGAAACGAUUGAUGAAGUGUCUUUUUGUGUUGCUUUGAAAGUAGAGUGAUUAUUGCCAAAUUAAUUUUGUUUUGGAUUUUACGACGCCACUCGAGCAAUAUGGUAUUCUGAUUAAUACAUUUUUGCUGCAAGAAUUAUCGGCGUAAGUGAGUGGGUUCACUUCAGAAUCAAAAGUAGAGCAUCUGUCUGUAAAUAAUGAGGUUCAAAUGAGAAAGCACCAGAACUAUUUUUGUCCCAGAUAAUCCCACAUAUCCUCUGGAACAGUUGUGGCGUUUAUGUAACUGGAAUUGAAGAUGGUGUCUUGCCAAAAUAAAAAUUUAAAUCUUAAAGUA